AAGGUUGGUUCUGAAUGUCGUGUACCAUCAUCUUCAAUCAACCUCCAUCGUCUGGUCUUAUUCCACCAUUUCCGUGCCUUCAGGUUUAAGAGAAAAGUUGCAGCGCCAGUUCUUGAGGAGAUCCGCUACCAGUUUCCCUUCUGAGCUCUGCAAAACGGAGCAUUUGACUGAGUUCAGCGGUAGGAGUAUCACCGCACUCCGGCGGAUAAGACGGUGGUUUCUCGAAGUCAAAAUUAAUCGGAAGCAUCGAUAGAAGAGUUGGGGAAUCGAGAGGAUCGAGCGGCGGAGAUCACAAAAAUGUUGGCGGAGCCUCCUCCUUUCCAGGAAGCAGCGCGCUGUGAAGUCUGCAAAUGCAGUUUCAACACCUUCCGACGACGGCAUCAUUGCCGAUGCUGUGGAAGGACGUUGUGCCACGAGCAUUCUUCUUUUCAAAUGGCCUUGCCGCAGUUCGAAAUUCAUUCCUCCGUUAGAGUUUGUGCUGACUGUUUCAAUAACUCCUCUCAAUCUAGAGAAGUUGGUCGACCACCGUCGUUACCGUCGUUAGCUGUAGUUGAUCAAGUUGCAGAUACAGUUUCUCAAUUAAACCUUGAUGGGAAUGUAAAUUCUGAGCCUAAGUCAGCUGUGGAGCAUCAACCUGCGUUGAGCAUUUCAGAUUGCAAUUGUGGAAUGCCAUUGUGCAUUUGUGUCGCUCCAGUCCAGUCUAUGAAAACAGAAUCUGUUCCUUUGCAGAAAGCAGCUUCCACCUCUACUCAGAACAAUUCAAAAGCAAAGAAGACUGAUUCCAAUCUAAGGAAUAGAGGAUCUACCUCCAACAGCAAGCUUCGGAAUCCUGCAGAUGAAUCAAGGAUCAAUUAUGAACCAAGUGGCGAGGGGUUGAGGGAAGCAAUCAAGAAUGGUGACACUCAUGCUGUCAAGAAACUUUUGAGUGAGGGUGUAGAUGCAAAUUACCAUGACAAGCAAGGAUUGUCUUUGCUGCAUGUGGCGGCCGUCUUUAAUCAGACUGAUAUUGUUUUUGCCCUCAUUGAAAGUGGUGCUAGCCUGGACUACAAAAAUGCUCAAGGAGAAACGCCAUUGGAUUGUGCUCCAGCUUGUUUGCAAUAUAAGAUACGAGAGAAGAUGGGAGGAGAGUGAAGAAGCAACAGCCCACAUCACCUAUUAUUCUAGUAAAUACUUGUAUCAUUUCUGCACCACCGCCUUUAUCUUUUAAUUUUUAAGGAACACGCAUGGAGAAUUUUGAAACUAAUUCAGAAACACUCGAUGGAUUCUUUGAAUCGAAGGUUGACCAAGUUGAGUUCAACAACUUGUGGUGUGGGCGUGGCAUGGCAUGGCAUGGCAUGGCGUGAUUCAAAUCUUUUACGUUUUGGUGGUAUGUGUUACUCGUUGAGUUGUGCUUAAAUAUUCCAAAGUUGUUGUGCUUAAAUAUUCCAAAGUUGUUGUGCUAUAUUUGUCAAUAACUUUAGUAGAAAGUUCAUUGAACACGCUACACGAUGACGAGAUAAUGCUUACGUGGUAAAUUUUAAAUAGCGUGACAAAAUUGAACUUUACAUUAUAGUUUGCUUAAA